GCAAAGUACAGCUACAGUAACACAUCAAGCAAAGGAAAAGAAUGGGAAAACCAAGGUUGCAGGGUAAGGUGGCCAUUGUCACGGGCGGAGCCACCGGAAUAGGAGCGGAAGCAGUGAAGAUAUUCGUGGAAAACGGAGCAUUUGUGGUCAUAGCAGACAUAAAGGACAAACUGGGUCACAGUUUGGCAACUUCGUUUGGCUCAGACAAAGUGAGUUAUCGGUACUGUGACGUGAGAGACGAGAAUGAAGUUGCAGAAACAGUGGCAUUCACAGUAGAGAAAUAUAACAGCUUAGACAUCAUGUUCAGCAACGCUGGCAUCGCAGGAUCUUAUUCUUCCAUACUAGAUUUGGAUCUCAAAGAAUUUGACAACACCAUGGCCAUUAACGUUCAUGGGGUAGCAGCAACCAUCAAGCACGCGGCACGUGUCAUGGUUGCUAGAAAAAUUCGUGGAUCCAUAAUUUGUACUGCCAGUGUGGCUGCUUCCUUUGCGGGAGGCGCGGGUCACGAAUACACCGUAUCAAAACACGGCGUUCUUGGGCUUGUUCGGUCGGCGUGCGGCGAGCUUGGAGCUUAUGGGAUAAGAGUGAAUUCCAUCUCGCCUUAUGCACUUGCCACGCCUAUGACUUGCGCCGCACUCGAUGUGGGACCUGCUGAAGUUGAAGCUGCAGCAUAUGGUUCUGCGAAUUUGGAGGGAAUUACGUUGAAGGCUAAUCAUAUUGCGGAAGCUGCUCUGUUUCUUGCUUCUGAUGAAUCGCUUUAUAUCAGUGGCCACAACUUGGUCGUCGAUGGAGGUUACUCCGCCGUCAAUCGCUGGCUUCCUAGGAUUCAAAAGUAAAUUAUCCCACGAAAACAACAAGGGAAAUAAAAGUCUUGUCCUCAGGGUACAAUAGUUUUUCUAUGUUGUUCCUCAUUUGUCUUAGAGUGUUUCUUCCUCCACCUCCUUUAUCUCCUUCUACACCUCCUAAUUUAAUUUUAAUUCCUACCGUAUCCCUAUACUAUUAAGGUCUUUUUAUUAUUUUUAUAAAAAAGUUAGAAGAGUCUCCCGCAAGUCACAUAAACCCUACACUCCCUUUCUUCAUAUCUCUUACCUGUCUUGCUCUCGUCCUCUGCUAAGACCAAGUUUUUAAACUGUAUUUUCUACCAUCUCUCUGUUGCUAUUGUUCGUGUGGAGUUUUCGUAGCUGGGUACUACUUCUUCUUGUUUUUUCUCGGUGCAGGUUAGUCAUAUUCCUCUCGUAGAAUGUUGCUUGAUCUGUUUUGUAUAUGAAUAUUUGUGUAUAUAUAUAUCAACUAUACCAAAAUUGAUCGGCGGUGUGUGCGAAUGGGCGGGAGGUGUGUUCGAAUGGGAUCGGCGAAGUGUGAAUGAAGUGUCGCAUAUCGAACCGCAAAUGACAUUGCGGUUAAGUUGUGCCGCAGUACGAACGACGGUUGGGGUUUGGAGGGUGCGUUUUCGAACCGCAAAUGGCCUUGGGGUUAAACUGUGCCGCAAUACGAACGGCGGUUGAGGUUUGGGGGGUGCGUUUACGAACCGUAAAUGGCUUGCGGUUAAGCUGUGCCACAAUACAAAUGACGGUUGAGGUUUGGGGAGUGCGUUUCCAAGCACCCACUAAUUUAUACUUGUGUUAUUCACUAUAUAUAUCAAUCAAGUAAACUCAAGAUGAAGUGCCGUAAUAUAUACUUUGACUUUUAUUAAUCGAGGAACAAAUAUGUAAUUUUGGAGGUACAGGGAGAACGUGGUGAGGUGCAGGGAAAAACACUCUUGGUCAUACGUAGUUGUUAAAUUCUUACUUCUUGUGUGGCCAUAAGUGUGUAAAAUUUACUUAUUGUAGCUUGUCAAUCUUUUCUUACUUGUA